GAGGGCGCACGCUCAGAGCGUACGCGUCACUCGGAAGGAGCCUGAACCGGAGGUAUUGCCGAGGCGCGGGAGAGCGCGCGCACACGCAUACGCCGGACGUGCUCGUAAUUGGUGGAAGAGGGCGCGAGCUGGAGCCGAAGGGAGGCCACGAGCCUGGCGGAUUCUAACGGCUGGAUCGCGAGCCCGGGACUGAGUGACGUGGAGGCAGCAGCAGCAGCAGCAUCAGCAGCGGCGGCGGCCGCCGCCAGCCCAGUCCCGGGGAUCAGACCGGCUCGGGGGGUUUGGUGUUGAUAUACACUGACGAGCAGCUACCAUUCCCGGGACACGGAGCCUGUGACACCCAUCAGCAGUGCGGGCUGUCCGGUCGACCGAACGUCAACACUCUGCAAAACUUUCGCCGGCGGCAGGGGAGCCCCAGCCAUGCCGAAGUCUCCGAGCGCCAACCUGAACUUCAGCCUCAGCCACGCGUGGGAGAGGUACCGGCAGUCAGAGCAGGAAGAGCAGGUCAGAGUUGACUGCCUGGAGCGGUUCCUCACUCUCUUCCACUGUCACAGCCGUAGGGGAAAUAUGGAUGGCAUAGAGGUCAUCAGAUUCUGCUCAGACAUGAGCAGUGCCUGUAACACGUUGGCACGGGAAUUCCUGACAGAUGUGCACCGGCUUUGCAAUGCUGUGGCUCAGAGAUCUGAAUGUAAGGAAGAGGAGGAAGAAAGUCACAUGGUCGCAUUGGGAGAAUAUCUAGUUCAGGGUCGAGGAUACCUACUACUUAAUACCUUGGAUUCCAUCAUUGAUCAGGAAUUAACCUGCAGAGAGGAAUUGCUGACUCUACUCCUGUCACUUCUCCCUCUUGUCUGGAAGAUACCUGUUCAAGAACAGAAAGCUCCGAAAGAUUACAACCUAUCUGCACUAGAACACCUAUUGUUUACCAAAGAGACCAAGUAUUCUGCAACCAGAUCUCAGGAAAAAGUAACUCACAUCCCAGACAAAAGCUCAGUUUUAUAUGCUCAGGUAUCAUCACAAUGCAAAACUAGCAACUGGAAGACAAGACAACAACAUAGAAACACUCACCGCUAUUCCUUGAGGGAGGCCAGGAAAACAGCGCUCUCCACAUCUGAUUCUGAAACCAAUUCAGAUGACAAGAGUUCAUUCAUGAUCAGACAAAGACGACAGCAGACUUUGCAACCUUUUGUAACAUGCCAGUCAAGAGAGGACUGUAGUGCUUCUAAGGACAGUUUUCUUCUGUCUUUAAAAGUUGGAGAAGUUGCUCAGCAUGACUUAAGUUUAGAAUGUACUGCUGCUGUGCUGCAAGAAGUAGAUAUGGAGUCCUCUGUGUUGAAUAUUUCGGAAAAUACUCCAUUUGAUCUCUGUCGUGUUUUGUUGUCUCUAUUAGAAAAAGUUUGCAAAUUUGACAUGGCCUUAAAUCACAAUCCAGCAUUAACUGUGAACGUUGUUCCCACAUUGACAGAAUUUUUGGCAGGGUUUGGAAACUGCUGCAAUGGCAAUGUAUCAAAUGCUGAGGAAGUUGCUGCAGGAUGGACCCCAGAGCCUGCAGCCCUGGUACAAAGGAUGCUUUUACGAACGGUGUUACAUCUUUUAUCAGUUGACAUAAAUUGCAGAGGAAAAAUGCCAGAUACACUAAGGAAAAAUAUUGCAGACUUGUUGAGGGUGACAUUGAAGAUUAAGAGCUACAUUGAUAACUGUACAGAUUCCUUUGUCCCACGACUGACGAUGACUUUCCAGGAGUUCAGUGAAGAUUUUUCUUUCUCAACGUCUUGUCACAAAAUUCUGCUGGUGCCAGAGUUACUUGAAGUGGUUUUGCAAAUCUUAAUUUGUACCCUACAAACAGCAUCCUCCAAUCCCUCCUCCUUCAGUCAGGCUAUGGACCUUGUCCAUGAGUUCACACAGCAUCAUGGCUUUGAGUUGUUUGAAGGGAUAGUGCUUCAGAUGGAAAGAUUGGUUGCAAAAGAUGAUCCGAAGUCUACUGAGGCAGCAGAGCAUAUCAAAUCCUUAAUCAGUAGUGUCAUGAAAAUAAUUAGGAUUAUCAAAAAAGUAAAAUCAGAACAACUCCAUCAGUCUGUUUGUACACGCAAGCGGCACAGGCGCUGUGAGUAUUCUCACUUCAUGCAUCAUCAUAGAAAUCUGUCUGGCCUCCCAGUUGCAGCAUUCAGAAAUCAGCUGUCCAAAAAUCCUUUUGAAAUGACACUAGAUGGUGAAGUUUACUAUCCUGAUCGCUGUUGCUGCAUUGCAGUGUAUGCCUACCAAUGUCUGCACUUGCUUCAGGAAGUUUGCUUAAGUAGCACUUGUGUACAAAUUUUAUCAGGCAUACAUGCUGUGGGAAUUUGUUGUUGUAUGGAUCCAAGGUCUAUCAUUGGCCCCAUGAUUCAUGCGAUAAAACUGCAAACUUUAAAGAACUGUCAUCAGCACAUCUUGAGUAUUCUGAGUAAAUUUAUCCUUGAACAGCUUGGGGGUGAGGAGGUUUCAGUGAAAACGAAACAAGUGAAUUGUAACAUUUGCUCUGUUGAUAGUAGCCAGAUACCUGAUAUUGCAGAAAUUCUACAUGGAGGUCUUAUAAACAUUAGUUCCUCAUCCAGUCUUGUCAACCCCAUUUACAGAACAGAUGGUAUUCUGCCAAGUGGAGGAUCCAGGGAAACGUGGAUGUGGGAGGCUUUGAAAGCAUACCAAGAUCUUCUCUUCAUUGAUGAUGCACAGCUGAGUUUGCAAGUUGCUAGCCAUAUAUGCCAUCUAAUACAAAAAGGCAAUGCUGUCAUUAAAUGGCAGCUUUACACUCAUAUCUUUAAUACCGUGCUUCAAAGAGGAGUGGAGCUAUCUCAUCAUACACAGCAACUAGGAAUAGUGACAGCGUGUACUGAAGUAUGCAGCUAUCACAACAGAUGUUUGUCUCGUGAUGUUCUUCAGCUUCACUUGCACACGUUGCCUUCACUCUUUAAGUCAAGGGUAGUCAGAGGCCUCUUUUUGAGCUGCAAUGGAUUAAAUCAGAUGACCGAGCUAAUUUAUCUAGACUCUGUUAGAUCGUAUGCACUGAAGGUUUUUGAAACCUUAAUUCUGUGCCUUGGGGAUCAACAGCUAGAUGCAGGAAUGCAAGGUGAAGAAACUAAUACAGAAGACUCUGUUUUGGAUCCCUGUGAUACUCCAAGUAGCCAAUGUGCUGCACUGCAUAGAAGUGAGAUGCCGCAAAGUUUAAGUAAAUUUUAUGCUGUGCUCAAAGAAUCAUACCCCAAGAAGAAGAAAGAUAAAAUUAUCGACAGCAACUUAAAUGUAAUAAACUUGUUUCUUUGUGUUGCGUUCCUGUGCAUUAGUCAAGAGCCUGAAUCUGAUCAUGAAUCUGCCAAUGAUUCUGAAGACACCUCAGGCUACGAUAGCACAGCCAGUGAGCCUCUGGGCAACAAGCUUCCUCAUUUGUCACCAGAUAGUGUUGUUUUGCCUUCAAAAGAGCAGAUCAGGCAAGCAGCAGAUGUGUGGUCUGUGUGUCGUUGUAUCUACCUGAAAAGUAUAGUAUUCCAGAAACAGUUCCAUAAACUUGGUGGCCUGGGGAUCUGUCGUAGACUAAUGACAAUGAUCAUUCAACAGAUCUCUAGCUCAAGGAAAGACACCAUUAAAGCAAAUCAAGUUAAUAUGUUUACUCAGGGUGAAAAUCAAAAGGAAUUAGAAAUUGGCUCACAUUCACCAUCAAGUCUGGUGGCCAAAAAAGAAUUGUCAGAUAUCAGCAGUUGUGAAAAGUCUGCUAAACCAGAGUCUGAACUUGUUCAAAAAACAACAGCAUUUGGAGACCAAUUUGAUGCAUGGAGUUUUGCUGUUGGAGAUGAUAAGAUACCAAAAGAUUGGAAUGUUUCUGUUCCACAACAACGUACAACAGAGGAGGAAUGGGAACUCCAUAGUAUCAGGCUUCUGGAAGCUUUAUUAACCAUCUGUCUACACAGUUCUGGAAAAACUGACUUCGACUCUACUCCACAGAACCUUUCUGUGGAUGAAAUAUUGACUGACAUGCGAGACCAACUUGUUCAUUCUGGUAUUGUUGAUUCCAAUCUGGCCAAGCCUCUCUUCGAUUCCUUACAAAGUGUAUCCUUAGGAGGAACUUACGUGGAUGGCUGUUCAGCUGAGCAAGAGAGAAAAAAGCAACAGAAAAUAAAUGAUCAGACAGCCCUACAGCUGGGUGAUCUUUCAGAGGAGACAGAAGAGCCACCGGAUUGUAACAUCAGGCUUUUUGCUGAAGAGGAAGGAUAUGAGGCUGAUAGUGAAAGUAACUCAGAAGAUUUUGCAGCCAAGGAGGAAGAUGUGAGACAAGAACACUUGCCUUUAGUUAAGUCAUCGGGUUAUCUCUCCAGUAAUGCUGAGGGUACUACACAGAGAGAAUUGAUAUAUCCUGAGAUCUGUAUGUUAGAACUCACCCUACUGUCUGUUGGCAAUCCCAGCCUUGAAGUUCUAAUCCACGUCUUCAGAAGUCUGCUCAAGAUUGUACAACACAGUGAAAAAAAUGCUACAUCUGUUUAUCAGCAGGGAGCUGUAAAAACUAUUUUGGGAGGUUUUCAGACUAUAUUGUGUCAAUCUAAGAACAUUUUAGAGGAGUGCCAGGCAGAGCUCGUGGAAUUGUUGGUGACUCUGAUCACCUCCAGGUUAUCAGCAGAAGAGUUGACACUCUUUCUGAGACUGUUUUUAGAGAAAACCCCUCCAACUAAGAUACUACUUAGAGGGAUUCUGAGAAUAGCAGAAGCAAAUGUUGAUAUGCUCCCAAUGCAUUACCUUACCUUCCCAACAGAAUUCAGCACAGAUAUUUUCAGUACCAUUCCAGCCAUGCAGAAAACCAAUUCUGCUGCCAGCAGCAAGAACUCCGGCCUUCUAAGGCGAGUGAAAUUUCCACAGAGCAAGAGAAAUACAGAAUUUGAAGGAUAUACCCACCGAUUGUCUUCACCUUGGCAUGUGGCUCCACUCCAUUUGCCACUUGUUGGUCAGAACUGUUGGCCAAAUAUGUCAGAUGGCUUUAGUGUCUCUCUAUGGUUAAAAGUGGAAGUCACCAACGCAACGGACAAGUCACUUGAGAAAGAUAGGAAACAAAGACGAUAUCAGCUAACUACAUUCAGAGAGAGUAGUUUUGAAGGCAUGGACGAUGAGAAAACAGCUGCCUUAGAUUGCGACACCAUUCUGAAUUGUGGUGAUAAAUUGGUGGAAGAUGGGUGCCUCCAUGUGAUUUCAUUAGGAUCUAAAGUAAUAAUGCUGCAAGUUUGGGCUGAUUUGAACAUAAGUGGCUUUAUAUUCAGAAUUUGCAUUGAUCCAAAUGAUGACUUGAAAGCAGGCCUGCUGGCACAAGCUGAGUCGCAAGAAAACAUUCUAACUCCAGGAAAGUGGCAGCACUUGGCAUUAACCUAUGUCCAACAGUCAGAAAAUAAGAGUGUUCAUGGCAAGCUUUCACUUUGGAUGUCUGGACAAAGAAAAUCUGAUGUGGCCUUGGAUUAUACUCUUCCUCGAAAGAGCAGCCUGUCCUCUGACAGUAACAAAACGUUUGCAAUGAUUGGCCACAGUAUGCCCCAUCAAGAAGAUGCAACUAGGUUGACAGGAAUUUGGAAUGUUGGAAGCUUGCUUCUUUUUAAUGGUGCCAAGAUAGGGCCGGAAGAAGCUUAUUAUUUAUAUGUCUGUGGACCCGACAUCACCACCGUCAUGCCCUGCAAAUAUGGCAAAUCACAAGCGAAUUACUCUAAGUAUGUUACUCUGGAGAUUCUACAAUGUGAUCAGAUUAGUGAAUUUUUCAUGAAAUAUAAGGAAAUGGACACUAGCCCUCUGGUGGAUAGUCUUUCUGUUGUUUACAAUCCAAGAUGCCCUGCUCAAUAUACAAUCUACGAGCCAGUUAUUCGACUCAAGGGCCAAACACGAACUAUAUCAUCACAGAGGCCAUUCAGCUUGAAGGAUAUCCAAAGCAAUAUAGUGAAACCUCAGCAGCUAAAGAACUUGCAGCCUUUGGAGCCUCAAGACCUUCAGCGUAUCCUGCAUAAAAUUGGAGGAAUUGGCGUAUUCAUCUUUCUGUUUGCCAGAUCUGUCGAGAUUAGUAACUGUGAAAAGACGCAAGCUCUAGCACUGAAAGUUAUACUUACUUUGACCAAGUAUAACCAGCAGAGAGUCCAGGAAAUGGAGAGCUGUCAUGGCUAUGCUAUGAUUCACCAAGUGCUCAUAAAAUCGAAAUGUAUUGUAGGUUUCCACAUCUUAAAGGCUUUACUUGAUGGAUGCUGCAGUGCUCCAAUUCUUAAAUUUAAUGAGUCUACGAAGCAAUUUGAAAUUGAUACAGAAUCCGUUGCUGUGAUCCAGGAUGUGAAGCUGCUGUCUGAAUUGUUAUUGGAUUGGAAGAUCUGGUCUAAAGCACAGAAUGGUGUCUGGGAAACACUGAUGGCAGCUCUUGAAGUGCUCAUUAGAAUCCGUCAUCCAAAGCAGAUGUUCAAUGUCAAGCAGCUUCUAAAGUCCCAAGUGGUUUAUCGCUUCCUUUUGACUUGUCAAGUUCUUCAGGAACAUCGAGAUGAACACCUGACAUCUAUCCCUUGGGAAGUCUGUAGAUCAUUUGUGAAGAUCAUUGAGGAAGUACUUGGUUCGCCACCAGAUCUGGAGUUGUUGAAGCUGAUUUACAAUUUUCUGUUGGCAGUACAUCCUCCCACUAACACCUAUGUUUGCCACACCCCACCAGGCUUUUACUUUUCCCUCCAUAUAGAUGGUAAGAUCUUUGAAGAAAAGGUCAAAUCAAUCAUGCAUAUGCGACAUCCUAACAGUGGUGGAAAGCCUAACGAAAGUCCUGGCUUUCUUUCUCCAUCUGCCUUCGUCGCUAUCCCAACAAAUGAAGAUAAAAAAAACAACGCAUUUAACUACCCAAAGCAGGAGUCUCCUUUAUUACCAGUAUAUGAGCAGUACUCCCAGAGUCUACCAGUGACCCCUUCUACCUCAACACAAGUGCGAAUCCGAAGACUGACGCCACGAGUAGAACAGAACUUUGAUAACUCACAAGAGAUUCCUGAGUGUGAGUCUGACAGUCUUGGCUUUUCACCAGAGUAUACUCCUAAAAUGAGCACUUUGGAAACAUUGAAAAGUGCACAAGAUGAAAUGUACCUCAGCAGCUGUGAGUCAGCAAAAGCCACGUGCGAAUCUUCAAGGGGAGCUUCUGCCCGAGGUGAUGCAGAUGGUCACGUACAAGAUUCUUUAGAAUCUGUGGUACAGUCGGAUAACCUGGCAAAUUCGGUUGCCAGACUUGGAUAUGAGCAUAUUUCAGAGGAAAGCACAAACGUUUCAUCAGCUUUGGAACCAGAAGUGAAGCAAGAAGGAGCUGGUGAUGAAGGAUUAAAUCGACCUGAUAGUCUCCGAGGACUACAGGCAUUCCAAAGAAGCCAGAGCAAUUUUACCAGCCUGGGAUUAGCAUUUCCUUCCCAAAAUGGAUCUUUAGUUAUGUCACGUUUGCCAAGUUUGAUAGACAAGAAUUUGAUUCCUGAGGAAUGGGAAAGCUUUGGUGUUUCUCCUCUGUAUGAGCGACCCUAUAAUGAAACUGAGACUGAUGCAGAAAGAUCUGCGACAGAAGACUGUCUAAUUCUGAUCUGCUGUGGGCUCUAUGACCUUUUGCGAGGAAUCCUACUCAUCCUGCCAGAUGUAAUGCUAGCUGAUGUGAUGGACAAGUUGAUCCAACCGGAAGCAUUGAUAGUUCUUGUCAAUCAUCCAACUCCAGCAAUACAGCAAGGAGUUAUUAAAUUGUUGGAUGCAUAUUUUACACGAGCAUCAAAGGAACAAAAGGAGAAGUUCUUGAAAAACCAUGGAUUUUCUUUGUUGGCCAACCAGCUAUAUCUCCACCAAGGAACACAGAGUCUGCUGGAGUGCAUCCUUGAAAUGUUGCUCGGCCACCCAGUUAGUCUGGAUGAAGAGUUGGACCUAGAGGCUGUAGCUCACAUCGACCCAUUUCGUAAAAGGUGCAUUAUUCCUGUACUUGGCCUCAUUGAAAACUCUCUGUAUGAAAAUACAUUGGUGCACAAUAAAUUGUGUGUCCUACUCCAGCUUUUGAAUGCCUGUCCCAAGUUAGCUGAUAUACUGCUCGACAAUGGCUUAAUAUAUGUCUUGUUUAACACCUUAGCAACGUUAAAUGGACUAGAGAAUAGCACUCCAGUGAAUGAGUACAAAUUGCUACUAUGUGAUAUUCAGCAACUACUAGUUGCUAUUACCAUCCAUUCCUGCAGCUCUUCUGGUUUACCAUAUUUUCGCAUAAUAGAGGAUUUAAUCUCACUGCUUGGAUACCUACAGAAGAGCAAGGAUGCAAAAACAAAAGAAUUGGCUAUUGCACUUCAGUUCCGGAUCCUUCAGAGUGCCAUUGAAUUUAUAAAAGACACAGCCAAUCAGGAUGCUCAGGAUAUAAGUAGCUCCUUCCAUUUACCUGCAACACAGCAUCACGCCAUUCACCAGAAAAGGAAGAGUAUUGCAGGUUCAAUUGCAUUGAAAGAUUCCAUAAUUCCACGGCUGCCAAGACGACAUUUCUCCUCGUAUGGUCACAUUCCAAUGACCUAUUGCUUCAGCUUAGUAAACCAGGAGUCUCCCCUACCAUUCCCAACUGGAUCAACUUCUUGUACUUUCCCUACAGAAACAGGUCCUCGCAGAUUUUCAGCUGCUGCAUCCGAUAUCUUGCUGAUGCAAAUGCGAUCCGUAGCCAGCGAUGAACUAUCAUUGCUUAUGCAGAGGAGGAUGAGCCAUGAGAACUCUAUGAGAGCUUCUGAGACUGAGUUUGUCCAGAGACUGCAGAGACUCACUGUGUUAUCUGUGAACAGACUAAUUUAUCAAGACCCUGACCUUGACUUUCUGGAUUUAUUGAGCACAUCUGAAUAUCUACAUCAUGAUAGAAUAUCGACUCCUCCAGGUCAAAGCUUUGAGGGAGGUGCAUCAAUGCUACCCAGCAACAACAUGAAGACUUUUCGGAAAGAAAUGCUAAAACUGAUGGUUGAAGGGAUUAAAAUAUCCUUGGGACCAGGUAGAAAUAAACCCCCACGGCAGCAAUGGAAACGCAUGCUAUGGUCUUGCAGAGAGACAUUCCGGUCCCAGUUGGGUCGAUUGCUUGUUCAUGUUUUGUGUCCUGCCCGCUCAUUAGAAGAAAGGAAGAUAGCUUUAGAGAUAGUUUAUGAACCAAGCCAUCAGGAGAUUCUACGAGAAUGUCUUGGUCAACCUCUGGAGCACGGUCCCAAGCUGGCACUGUACCUGUACGAAUUGAUGCAUGACCACAUGGAGGACUUGACCAAGGAACAGCAAACUGCAGCAGGGAACUUCUUCAACUCUUUAAAGCUUUGUGGUUAUAAGUGUAUUCCGCUUACUGCUCCACCCAAACCAGAUCUCAUUAAAGCCAUUGAAGAGGAGCAAGCCAAAUAUGCAAAUGAGAAAAGUGCAAAUAAAGCUGCUUGGGAGAAGAAAAUGGCAACUUCUCAACAGAGUCUCCUCCAACGACUUGAUUUGAAAUCGAAAGAUAUUUCCAAAAUAGCAGCUGAAAUCACUCAGAAUAUCUCCCUGCAUCAGGGUAUGGAAAGGAAGAAAGUGAUUCAGCAUAUCCGGGGAAUGUACAAGGUGGAUUUAAGUGCUAGCAGGCACUGGCAAGAACUUGUUCAGCAGCUAACACAUGACAGGGCAGUAUGGUAUGAUCCUGUCUCUUACCCAACUUCAUGGCAACUGGAUCCUACAGAAGGUCCCAAUAGAGAGCGGCGACGUUUACAGAGAUGUUAUUUGACCAUACCUAAUAAAUACUUGCUCAGAGACCGACAGAAACCAGAAGAACCACUGAAACCACCAUUGUCAUUCUUGUUUGAAGAUAAAUCUCAUUCUUCUUUUUCAUCAACUGUGAAGGAUAAAGCAACAAGUGAACCUAUCAGGUAUAUUCCUAAUCUGACUGCAUAUCUAGAGGAGGAAUAUCGUAAAGGGGCUCAAGAAGAUGAUCCAAUGCCUCCUGUACAGCCGUAUCAUUAUGGGUCUCAUUACUCAAACAGUGGAACAGUCUUGCACUUCCUAGUUAGGAUGCCACCAUUCACCAAAAUGUUCCUGGCUUACCAGGAUCAAAGUUUUGAUAUCCCAGAUCGAACAUUUCACUCCAUGAAUACUACCUGGCGCCUAUCCUCAUAUGAAUCUAUGACUGAUGUGAAGGAGCUCAUUCCAGAAUUCUUUUAUCUUCCAGAGUUCUUGGUCAAUAGAGAAGGUUUUGACUUUGGGAUGCGGCAGAAUGGAGAAAGAGUAAAUCAUGUAAACCUUCCACCAUGGGCUCGCAAUGACCCCCGACUGUACAUUCUAAUUCAUCGCCAGGCCUUAGAAUCAGAUCAUGUUUCCCAAACAAUUUGCAAUUGGAUUGAUUUGGUGUUUGGAAACAAACAAAAGGGCAGAGCUGCAGUUCAAGCUAUCAAUGUCUUUCAUCCUGCAACAUACUUUGGUAUGGAUGUGUCAGCUGUUGAAGACCCGGUUCAAAGACGAGCCCUGGAGACUAUGAUCAAGACCUAUGGGCAAACCCCUCGGCAGCUCUUCACAACCACCCAUCCAUGCAGACAUGGGCCUAGACACUCAAUGGAGGGGGAGCUGCCUGCAGCUAUGGGUCUCCUCGUGCAGUUUGCUUUCAGAGAGAGCAGAGAGCAAGCCAAGGAAGUUGUCUACCCGAGUCCUCUGCCAUGGAUUCAAGGACUGAAGUGGGGCGAGUAUGUGGGAUCUCCCAGUGCACCAGAUCCUGUAGUUUGCUUCAGUCAACCCCAUGGAGAACAGUUUGGAUCGCUAUUAGCAUUGCCAACCAGAGCUAUUUGUGGUCUGUCGAAGAAGUUUUGCCUUAUGAUGAUAUACAGUAAGGAGCAAGGUGUUCGGAGUAUGCACAGUACGGACAUCCAGUGGUCUGCCAUUUUGAGUUGGGGUUAUGCCGAUAACAUGCUAAGACUGAAAAGUAAACAAAGUGAGCCCCCCAUCAACUUCAUCCAGUGCUCUCCCUUACAUCAGGUUACAAGUUGUGCAUGGGUGCCUGACAGUUGUCAGCUCUUUACUGGCAGUAAGUGUGGAGUGGUUACUGCAUACUCUAACAGAUUUACCAGCAGUAUGUCUUCAGAAAUUGAAGUGGAAACAAAAGUCCACUUAUAUGGGCACACUGCUGAAGUAACGAGUCUGUGUGUUUGCAAACCGUACAGUAUUCUAAUCAGUGUCAGCAAGGAUGGGACCUGCAUUAUAUGGGAUUUGAACAGGUUGUGCUAUGUUCAAAGCUUAACAGGACAUAAAAGUCCAGUGACAGCAGUUUCUACAAGUGAGACAACUGGUGAUAGUGCAACAGUUUGUGAUUCUGUUGGUGGUGGUAGUGACCUGAGGCUGUGGACAGUAAAUGGAGAUCUCAGUGGCCAUGUACAUUGUCGAGAAAUAAUCUGCUCAGUAGCUUUUUCCAAUCAACCUGAAGGUGUAUCUGUCAAUGUUAUUGCUGGAGGGCUAGAAAAUGGUGUGGUAAGGCUGUGGAGUACGUGGGACCUGAAGCCUGUUAGGGAAAUUACUUUCCCAAAAUCAAACCGGCCUAUUGUCAGUCUCACGUUUUCCUGUGAUGGCCAUCAUCUCUACACAGCAAACAGUGAUGGCACCGUGAUAGCCUGGUGUCGUAAGGACCAACAACGGAUGAAGCUCCCUAUGUUUUAUUCCUUCCUGAGCAGUUACGCUGCUGGCUGAAGACUUAAAUUGGGUUUCUUUAUACCAAUCACUGUGCACAUUUAGAACUUUCAGUGCUCUUGGGGUGAAGUUGAGGUGGAGAAAUAAAGCAUUCCUCUCCUCAGUUGUAUAUAUUCUAAAUGGAAAAGAUGUUUGUAAAAGGAGCAAGUGAUUUUCAGCAGAACAAGAUGGAAUACAGAAACACAUCUGUGGAGCAAUUUUUGUCAUUAUAGUCUGUUGCCUUCCUGCCCAUGAUGGGAAUCCUUGACUUGUUGCAUAUGCAGUUCUUCAAAGUACUACCAGUUUCAAAUGGGCAACCUAAAACUCAGUUGCACCAAGUCCAAUUUGAUGAAAUUAUGCAAUGUAUCUGGUUGAUAAUUUUACAGAGUGCAAUAUUUUCUACUUCUGAACCUAUAUCAAGUUUGACAUACAAUGAGCAUGAGACCAAGCAGUUUAAUGAGGUACGAGAACAGAAUCAAUUACAUAAUGGAGCAUGGAAUGAUGAUAUAAAAGCACCUUAAACCAAUUUCUGUGCACACAGCAUCUAUCUGCGACUGCCUUGAAUGUUUUUCAUCUUUGUAAGUGCUGGCGUUUCUCAUACCUUUUUCUUGAAAAUGAUUCUGUCAUCUGAAUAAUUUGAUAUGAAGCAGAUUGUUCCUUCCCUUUACUUUUCAUAAGUAACAAUGAGCAGACUGAGAUUUAUUUUGCUGGUGCUUGCCAGAUUGCAUGGAAAGAUACAUGUAUCUUAAAGCAAAUGGAUAUAAGAAAUUCUACGCAGAAAAUUAUGUUGGCUUUAUUGAAAAUACAGUACUGGUGUCAAUUAGGUUGUUUAUGGUUAAACUGUAACCCACUCGUGUUAAAUACUGACUAUUUAUUUAACUGGGAGGCACAUGAUCCCAACUUUGUCUGCCAUUUUCCCUCUGAAAGUUGUCUUUUGAUUACUAUUCUUAAAUAUAUUUAAAAAUAAAGAGUUGAAAAGUCUGCAUUUUGCAAGUAUUUUGGAGAAAGUGAGGUAGUUUGUCAGUUGUUUUGCUAAUUUUAAAACUUUAGCAAAUAAAUUUAAAAAGUUUAUGAAACCAUUGUUCCUCAGACUUUGAACGUGAGCAUUUGCUGUCUUUUGUACUUCCAUUCCUUACAUAUCUGUACAAACUAUUGUGAUGAAUAUUUGAACAUUAAAUUAACUAUAACCUG